AAGGUCAAAGGAUCUUUUAAUACACAGCAUAGCUACCUACAGCAAGUUAUAUGGAAUCAAAAUCCUGGAACCACUCAGGAGAAAGUGCAUUUCAGUGACACAAGGUUGAAUGCAUCAUCCAUUGCUGUCCAUGGGAUGAAAUGGGAAAAUGAGGCAUUAUAACAGGGCCUCAUCCAUUCCUUUCUUCAUGACACGUUGGAAAAAGAAAUAUGCAUCUCUGUACAAAGUCCCAAACAAUUUCUCUAUUUGGAAUGAAUUAGUCCAAAGGAAGAAAAUAUUCUUUCUACACCAACAGAAGAAGCUACUGCUGUUAAAAUUGAGGUUAUCACUUCAACAGUUGAAUCUAAGUGCUUAAGUGAUGUCCACCAGUUCACUGACCAAUCUGGCACGGUUGAACCUACCAGGAGCAAAAAGCCCCCACCGACACAAACUCCAGGGAUCAUUAGAACACGCAAGCUGUCCCGCCACGACAAGGCACUGACACCAGAGGACAGAGAAAUGAGCAACUGAAAUGUAUAAGGGAAGCACUGACUGUUACACUGAAAGUAAAACUGAUCAGCUUUGUGAGAGAGACUUAAGGAGAUCAGCAGUCCUCAGGUUUCUUCUCUCCACAAAGGCGAGCCAGAAACUGCUCUCAUCCUGUCAGCUGGCCACAGAGCAGCAGCCCACACAGCUGGAAAACUUACAUUUCUCACAGCCUGGAGCCCAGAGGAAGGCGCGGAGGGAGGGGGAAGCGGGGGAGAUCUGUUGUUCCAGCUCCGUAGGGACAGUCCUGUCGGCCUUCGAGGUCCUCCUGCGAGACCGUGGAGCAGCAGUUAAUUUUCUUGUGUACACUCUCGGCUGGCAGAGACUCACACUGUGGACCUGGAAGUUUCGUUUCCAAAGCCUUGUUCUUCCCAAGGAGGAGGAAAACCAAGGAGCAGUAAACAGGGGGGAUGAUGGAAUGGCACCAUGCGACACCCCAUUUCUGACUCUCCGAGAAGAGGAAUGAUUGCCCACAUCUAUCCAUUGUGAACUCUGAGAGAAAAGAACAAAGACACUGAAGAGCAACCCCUUCCACUCCUGUUGGGGCCACUAGAUGAAAGAACAGCUCAGUUCUCAGAUGACUUACCAAGGUCUGAUGUUGAGUGUGGUCUUUAUCAUGCUCUGCAGGACAGAAGUGGACACAGUGACACAGAAAAACGUGGUGAAGGUGGGUGGCAACGGGACCUUGAGCUGCUUCCUGAAGGAGUCACAUGACGUUCUGCAAGUUACAUGGCAGAAGAAAAAUACUGGAGUGAAUGAAAAUUUGGCCACAUACAGUGUAUCUAAAGGAGUAAAUAUUGUUGAAAAAUAUCGAGGUCGAUUAAAUUUCACACGCCUGUCACUAAAUGAUACGACCAUUACCCUCUGGAGAGUUAGAAUCCAGGAUGACGGAUGUUACGCAUGCAUCUUUAAUACCUUUCCCACAGGAGCCAUCGUACAAGACUCCUGCUUGACUGUCUAUGAGCAGCUGAGAGGAUCUCUCCAUUAUGUCGUCUCUGAAGGUAACCUGACAGCCACUUGUUCUGCUAAUGCCUGGCCUCGUCCUGUGAUCUCCUGGAUUGUGCCAAAAACUGAGAGUGAAAAGACAGAAGAGGUGGUCACGCACCCCAAUGGAACAGUGUCCGUCAUCAGCAAACUCUAUGUCAACAGUUCUACAAGCCUGGCAGGCCAAUUGCUGAUCUGCAGAGUACGGCACAUGGAGGAAGACAGAGAUUACAGUGUGAAAGUGAAAGAGGGCAGGUGGUUUUCAGUUCCUUGGUUGCUGACCUCAGUGACCCUACUCGUAGUGUUCGUUGGGUUGGUUCUGACUGUGGUGUGCUGCAGAAGACGCAGGAAAAAGCAAAGCGAAUCUAAAGCAUCUUAACCCAUCUACUGGAUCAUUCCUUGGCAAACCUGAUUCAGCAUUAGGCGCAGUGACCUGGCGUGGCCUGAAAGUAACAUCAAUAAAAGGGAAGUGUGAUCCAACCUAGACUCUGUAGCUGGAAGAUAGGAAGUAAAACAGUGACACCAGAUUCAGACAUGUAAGGGAUAGACCUAAUGUCAUCUGUCUCAGUCCCACUGGACAGCAACUAUCCACCUGCUUCUUUCCUCCUAUCUAGCUGAUCAGGUUCUUCUUCACAGGGCCGGCUCCAGGCACCAGCUUCUCAAGCAGGUGCUUGGGGCGGCACGUCCAGGUAUUCGGCGGCAAUUCGGCGGACGGUCCCUCACUCCGCCUGAGAGUGAAGGACCUCCCGCCAAAUUGCCGCCGCAGAUCGCGAUCACGGCUUUUUUUAGAUCGCGAUCUCGGCUUUUUUGUUUUGUUUUGUUUUGGCUGCUUGGGGCGGCCAAAACCCUGGAGCCGGCCCUGCUUCUUUAGCAGUGAAUGACUGAUGGAUCUGGAUCAUCUGUCCAGGGAAUUCAUUCACAAGACUUGUUGUUUCCCUUCCUUACAUUCCUCCUCUUGCUGUUGAUCUUCAACAUGGCUCCAGCCACACUGCAUUUACCUGGCACUACUGGUGAAAGAGCUAUAGGAUUUCAAGACAGGCCGUUAACCAGAUACAGCAGUAGUGGCAAAGCUAAUGAAUAAAAGCUAAUAGCUUAAGGAUUAAAAAAGCCAGAAUAAAUUAUUUUUAAAGGUUGAAAAUGAGGAGAGGAAAGAAGGAGUUAAAAUAAAAUCCAAAAAUAGGAAUACUGGCAUUCCUCAUUGCUCCUUUUCCAUUCCAUUUUCACCCAUCGUACCUCUUGUGUUUUCUGAAGUAACAAAUUCCAGCUAGUGCCCCAGCUAACUCCCUGCUCGCUUGCCAGAAUGUUUGGACUAGUCCGCACAAUGCCCUCCCUGGACUUUUACGUGACAUUGGACUAGCUCUCUCUACUCUGCAUUUUAUAACUUAUUUAUACAGAAUAACCAAAUGCUUUUGCACAGGGCAGCAAUUAUCCUCCACCUAGAGAUAACAUCCUACUUCUCAAUGUUACAUCAGAUGGCAUACUCUGACCUGCCUAAUGGGUGUGCUUGUGUGACUUCAACAGCAUUUAUGUAAAAGUUUGCAUAAAAUAGAUUUACCAUGUGUGAUAAAUGCAGGGUAGAGCCACCCCAAGCAGUCAGCCAGUAGCUAUAAAAUCCCUCUUAGUAGCUGUUCUCUAAUUGCUUUACCUGUAAAGGGUUAAAAAGUCUCACUGCUAUGCAUAGGUAAAAAGAAGUGAGUGAACACCUGGCCAAAAGAGCCAAUGAGAAGGCUAGAACUAUUUAAAAUUGAAAAAUGACUCCUCUUUUGUCUGUCUGUUGUUGUUCUCCCGGGGAGAGGCAGACAGGACAGAGCUAUGAUUUAAGAAGCUUGGGCCAGGUAUGAAAAAAUCAUCAGUAUCAUACCUAGAAACUACUCAUUUAAAACCCCAAAUAUGCAAGUAGAUCAGGAAAUGUCUAGGAAGACGCAAUUAGGUUUAUCCAUUUUAUUUCUUUAUGGCUUGUGGAUUCCUCUGUGCUAACCCCAAGUGCUUUUGUUUUGCCUGUAACUCUUAAGCGGGACCGCAAAAAAACUAUUCUUGGUGCUUAUUCCUUGUAGUUGCUCUUUUAAAUUCUAGCAGUAGUCAGAGUUCCCAGAUGUAUUUUCUUCCCUUUUUUUAAAAUAAAAUUUACCUUUUAUAAGAAUAGAAUUGGAUUUUUGUGUCUGAAGAGGUUAGUGCACAGGUUGUUUAAUUAGCUGGUGGCAACAGCUGAUUUCCUUUUUUUUUCUUUCUCACCUCUUCCCCGGAGUGGGGGGGGGGUGAAAGGACUUGAGGAAGGAAUUCCCAAGUGCACCUGGGCUCUCAAAGGGAUUCUGCACUUGGGUGGUGGCAGUAUCUACCAAUCCAAGGUCAGAGAAAAGCUGUGACCUUGGGAGUUUAAUACAAGCCUGGAGUGGCCAGUAUUAGUUUUUAGAAUCCUUGUGGGUCCCCACCUUCUGCACUCGAAGUGCCAGAGUGGGGAAUCAGCCUUGACACCAUGUCAUGUUCUUAUAUAAGGGCAGCAUGCACCAUCACUACAAGCUGAGAUCAAGCAUUCAUUCCAAUACCCAUUUUUUUUUCAAUUGUCUUAACUUUUUCACACAUUCCAUAUGAUCUUAAAGUUUCUAGUGUUGGUCUCAGCCCAAUCUUUGUUUCUUCUUAGUUCAAACAAUCACUUUGGUCAUUCUUGAGUUGUACAAAUGAGAAAAAUACACUUCUGCUCAUAAUUUAUUAUCAGAAAUUUUGUGCUGGGGCUAACUCAGACAGCUGAAGCUAGAAACCAUGGAUGUGGCUUGUUUUGUAAGCCUAGCUGAGUAUUAAAAAUCUAAACAACGCUGGAAGAAAAAUUGACUUCAUCUAAAGUUAUGGCUAUUUAAAGUUGACCACCUCAUGCAUCAUCAACAUUAGGAUUUUUCUGACUUUAAUGUAUUUUGGGAUUUUUUUUUAAGGUUAUCCUGGUUUGGCAUGUUUCAGACUGGUCACUUUAAUUUGGUUAAGGAUGGGUGGGUUUAGCAGGGGCUUGGUUAAAGAAAACCAGCAUAUCCUAAACUUUUCUCUCUAAAGAGGUCAAGUUAAAGAAAAGGUCAAGCUCUGGAGAAACUGAACAGCUCAAAAUGUUUUAUCUGAAGAUAUCUGUAGUGCUUUUUUGUUGUUCUUGCUUUGGGUUUUGUGCAUGUGUGUGCACAUGGUGGCCCUAAUCCAUCAAAAUUCUUAAGCAUGUACUUAAUUUUAAGCGUGCAAAUAAUCCCACUGAACCUAUAGCAAUAAUCACAGGCCAACGGCAGCUGUCACCCAUGACAAGCAUGGCUUCCUGUUCCUAUAGAAACAGUAGCCCUUUGUAGUCUAUUGAGAGGAUAUUAGAGAGACAAGGUGGGUGAGGUAAUAUCUUCUAUUGAAUCACCUUCUGUUGGUGAAAGAGACAAGCUUUUGAGCAGGUCCUGAAGAUCUUUGUAUAUGCUUGAAAGCUUCUCGCUCCACCCGACCUACAGAAGUUGGUCCCAUAAAAGGUAUUACCUCACCCACCUGGUCUCUCUAAUAUCCUGGCCCAACAUGGUUAUAACAACAUAAUAGGUAUCACUAAUGCAUCUGCUAGCACUGUGUACGCUUUCUAAUCCAUUACUCUGCAGCUCCAUGGACAGUUCUCGUGCAUUAUUGCGGGAAUUAAGUGGCUGAGCUGACCCUCUGUUUACUGUCAUUCCUAUGCAUGUUUCACUAUGAAUGAAUAUUGCAGCUGCUACUUCUCUUCUGUCAUUUCUAAGACAUCUAAAUUUCCUGUGGAUAUAAGGUUUAAGCCUUGUAUCCCAUCUAGAGCACUGUUAAAACCUUCCUGUGAGGCAUUUGGCUAUUCUAGUCCAUUAGCUUUUGUUCUAGCAUCAGUCAUGUUCCACGUUAUUUAACUUUUUGUAAGACAUGCUGGGUUACAGUUUUAUGUAAAUGCUAUAUGCAUAGUUAUUAAGGCAACAGGGAACAUUUAGCAGCUGAGUUUCUUGAGACUAAAGUAACUUUCAGAUUCAAAGUUCAAAUCCAUUCCUGUGAGGAAAGACAGAUUUCUUCAAUUUCCCAGAACUGCAACUGUUUCAAUACCCCAGUGUGAUACAAGCAUUUGUAUGUGUAUUAAUGUGUAUUCAUCUAUGUGUUUGUAAGGACAUUAGAGAUAGUUGCUGACAGUUACUGUUGUGCUAGGGACUUUGUUAUUGCUACUUAAUGCUUCUCUUAUCUGAAGCUACCUCUCUUACUAAUGCAUUGACUCUAUUAUUUAUCAUUGUGUUCUAACUAUGCUGAAAAAAGACCAAAUAAAGCUAUUUUGAAAAUUAAA